GAGCUCAAAGCUCUCCCCAACCAACUCCUCACUCAACUUCCACAACCUCUCCGCAUUCUCCCGCCCCUUGGCAUACUCCUCCCACGGCCCAUCAUGCUCAACCCUACAAUCCUGCAUGUACGCCCCAUUCUUCUCCUUGAUACUCGGAUCCAGCGCCGCCACUAACGUCGUAGCAGCGCCCUGGGAGUGCGUUUUCGUAGCCACCAACACGUUCCUUUCACUGUCGAGAUAACCCUUAUCCACGAAGACUUGCAGCUCGAUGUGAUUGCUGAGGUUCGUCAGUAUGAGCCCAGGGUGCACACUGAAUGCCGUUACGCCUGCGGCGUUUAGAGAAGGAGAGUGCGCUAGCGCGAUGGCGUUGAGGAUGUUUGCGGUUUUGGAUUGCCCGUAGGCUGUAUCUGGGUCGUAGACUUUGCCGUCCUAGUUUCAACGUUCGAUUGUGUAAAGCAGAGACUCAACUUGGAACGACCAAGCUUGCGAUAAUUCGAGAACAUGUUACAUACCUCGAAAUUCACAUCCCCCCACCUCACUCCACCAUACGUAUGUCCCAGACUCGCCAGAAAAACAACUCUUCCUUUCGCCUUCAUCACCGGUCCUUCCCUGCUCUUCACCUCUUUAUCCCCGCGCUCGACCCCUUCCCCCUGCGUCCCAAAUAAUAGCAGAUUCGUAAAUAACCACGGCCCCAAAUGAUUCACCGCAAAUUGCCUCUCAACACCUUCCUCGCUCUUCCCCCAUGGCGUACUCAUGAUCCCUGCAUUGUUAACCAAUACAUCAAUGCCCCCUUCUUUUACUUCGUCCCAGCUGCAGACUUCUUCCGCCGCGGCUCUUACAGCUUUUAGACUGGAGAGAUCGAGAAGGAGAGUGCGGGCGUGGACGGAGGGCACGGAGUCUUUGAGGAGGGAAAGGGAAGUUGAGAGCGUGGAGGUGGAGCGGCCGGCGAGGAUGAGGAGCUUUGGUUCGUGCGGGGCGAGGGCGAGGGCGGUGGUUAGCCCGAGGCCAUUGGGAGAUACGCCUGUGAUUAGGAAAGUUUUGUGCUGGAUUUGCUGGGAGAAUGCCGAGGUGACGGUUUCGGAGGUUGUCGAGGCGUCGAAGGGUGAAGUGGUAGCUGUUGCCAUUGUGAGGUUGUCUUUGGUCGCUCUUUUAUGGUUUUUUUCCCUGAGUUGUGUUGUUUGUUUAUCUUUCUUCUUCUUUGACUUGAUGAACCGCCCGACGUUUGUAUGUGCGUUUAAUUGGUAUGCGAUAGUCGAGAGUCUUGCGAGAGAGGGGUUUGUUUUGUUUACUUGGCAGGAUGCAUCGGAGUCCGAAGAGUAAACUAUCCCGUCUUCAAGUGAUAUCUCUUGUUUCUUCUGUCCAAUCCUCUCCGGGUAUAUCAAUUGAUCAUAGACAGGACCCAGAAAGCAAAGAGAGUUGCAUACUUACCCUCCGAACACGCAGACUCCUGCUAUAUAUACUGUUCCGCUUAAAGUCGCUGCCUAGCAACCCCACAAAAAUCCUAUUCCCUGCGGCGUAGUGGGAAUCCUAGCCUACUGCACCUAAUCUGUUGAUACUGCGGUCCUGUUUGGUCUUACUGUGUUGUAGUUAUGAACUGUACCAAUUGACGUUCCAAAAAUCCGGGUGCCUAAUUUUUCGGGCGUAAAUGGAUCAUAAAAUCUUGGGCGUAGACUCAGGGUUUCAUAAGCGCAUCCAUCUUGCUGUACUAC